UACCGGUUUAUGAUUGAUGACCGAUUGUAUUUAUUCUAUAAGAUUAAGUAAUCUAGAUCUAAAUCUAACGUAUCUAUCUAGAUUUAGAUUCUAAAGUAGAUUCGUAUACAGAAAGACAUGUUAUGAGAUUCUCUUCUUGUACCUGUAUGCUAAUUAUGAAACGUUUCUAAGAUCAUGGAUAUACUAGUAUUUCUGCUUAAUCUUCUAAUAGUCAUAUCAACAUUCAUAAACGAUGAGGUUGAAGGUUUAAAUUGCUUUAAAUGUUAUUCCUGCACUGGCAAAGAAAACACUACGUGUUAUAUCAAAGAGGGCUACUGUAUGUCCAUUAUUGUAAAAGAAAAAGAGAAAGAUAAAGAUGGAGUGAUGAUUGGACACAAAGAGAAGAUUAGGAUAGAAAGAAGAUGUCUUGAAAGGUCAAACUAUUUGUUGGUAGAUCGCCCAAUGCUCUGUCACGUUGGAGAUCAGAUGAAACAUGUACAGAAUGUGAGGUGUUGCAAGGAUCAGGACUUAUGCAAUUCUAUAUUACCAGAGCUUGGUGUUGAACCCUCCAAGAAAAAAGAUGUACAUGAAGAAUCAUCUUUUAGUACCCCUACAUUAGUUCUGAUCAUUGUUCUGCCAACAAUCUUUCUUGGCACGCUCAUAUUGGCUGGGAUCAUGUUGUACCAUUAUUGCCAUAAAUGUGGGCAUCCUUACGCACUUCCGCUGGAUCAAAACUCAGAUACUAAUCUGCUGGUUGGUUCACAGCCUUCUUCAUUGAAAGAUCUUUAUGACUGGUCACACUCAGGGUCUGGGUCAGGUUUACCUUUACUUGUUCAAAGAACUAUUGCCCGUCAGAUAAGGCUUUGUGAAAUCAUUGGUAAAGGGCGCUAUGGUGAGGUAUGGAGGGGGAAUUGGAGAGGUGAAAAUGUUGCCGUUAAGAUAUUUUCAUCCCGUGAGGAGAGAUCUUGGUUCAGGGAGGCAGAAAUCUACCAAACUGUCAUGCUGCGUCAUGAACACAUACUUGGCUUCAUAGCAGCAGACAAUAAAGAUAAUGGCACGUGGACACAGUUGUGGCUCAUCACAGACUACCAUGAGAAUGGAUCCUUGUUUGACUAUUUGAACCGCCAGACUGUAACUCCUGCUGGCAUGAUUACUCUAGCUCACAGCGCUUCUUGUGGUAUGGCACAUCUCCACAUGGAAAUAUUAGGAGCACAAGGCAAACCAGCAAUAGCACACAGAGAUUUGAAGUCCAAAAAUAUCUUGGUUAGGUCUAAUGGCACUUGCUGCAUAGCUGAUUUGGGUCUGGCUGUGCGCCAUGAUUCCAAGCUAGACAGUGUUGAUAUAGCUCCCAAUAACCGUGUGGGCACCAAGAGAUACAUGGCACCUGAAUGUUUAGAUGAGACAAUCAACAUGGAACACUUUGAAUCAUUCAAACGAGCUGAUGUUUAUUCCUUUGGUCUUGUGCUUUGGGAGAUUGCUCGUAGAUGUUCUGUAGGGGGGAUCCAUGAAGACUAUCAGCAACCCUACUAUGAUCUCGUUCCAACUGAUCCAUCACUAGAAGACAUGAGGAAAGUUGUUUGUGGAGACAAGCAGAGGCCAGCUAUUCCGAACAGAUGGCAAAAUAUAGAGUCUCUUCGUGUGAUGGCACGCUUAAUGAAAGAAUGCUGGUACAGUAAUGCAGCUGCUCGACUCACUGCGCUGCGCAUUAGGAAAACGCUAGCUUGCCUUGUGGAACAGGGGGACAUAAAAAUCUAGACAGGACCAGGUCAAGACUGCUUUUAGUUCUUGAUGUUCCCUCAUCAUCUCACCAAAGGAAUGGAGCUCUCAAGUUGCUGGAGCUUAUCAAUACAUAGACAUUAACAAGGAAUGUUUGAAUUAGCAUUGGACAUUGCUAAUGGUAAAUCAUGUUGUAGGAAACAUUUGCAACAUGAUGGUAACACUUCAUCCAAUAAUGUAUACACAAAAAUGUAUUUACAUAUUUCUGUUGGAUUGUUAUAACAAAAAUUUAUUUACAUUUGGGAUUGGAUUUUUAGAAAUGUCAUUCAAGGGCAAUUAGAUUUACGUUUUCUUGAUUUGUUGUCUUCUGCUUCUAGUCUCUGAACCAUUAAGUGUAAGCUGACAAAUUUAGCAGAUACAUAAAAUAAAACUAUUAAAUGUUCUGUUCAAUAAACAUUUUCGCAAAUGAAGUUUGGUAUUGGGCUAAAUAUCCAACCAGUGGAACAUAAAUUGGUUAUGAAAUUGCUAGCAUGAGCUUGUAAAAAUAGAAAUUAGUUGAUUGACAAACUUGUACAAAUUCAGCUGUAUAAAGAAAUGUGAAAGAACGAGAUAAAUGUAUAAAUUGAUUUGAAUUCAAAUGUUUGAAUUUUUUUCCCCUAUUUUUAUGUAAAUAUGUAGUGAGGAACUUAUUGAAUUUGAUAUUUGUAAUCCAUUAGAUAAUGGUGCAGACCAUACAAGUACACUUCUAAUACAUUGGAAACAGAAGCCUUGAACAUUACCCAAACUCAUUGUAAUCAUAUAGAGAGAUCAGGCACAGUUAAAGGGAGCUCACUAAAGUAAUUUUAUAUCAUGAAGAUCUUUGGUGGCAUACCACUUAAUAGAUUUAUGGCCCAAAAAUAGCUAACUUGUUUGAUAACCUUGAAAUGUGACCAGCUACUCAAACUUGUAGACAGGACCUAAUCUUCUUUAGAAAUAGAUUAGUUUUAUAUCCAUUUUUGAUCAGUACUUGAGCUGGGCAGGUAAUGAUUUAUCCCUCAAAUGUUGCUCUGCAAACUUUUACGUUCUUGUGUCAUUUGAAAGUCAAUAAUGCUGAAAUAUCAUACUAUCAGACCUGCCUACCGUUACGCAAAAUGCGUAUUCGUUACGCAAAAUCUCCCAAAAAUGACCGCCAGUACGCAAAUACGCAUUUAACCCGUCGCGUUACGCAUUUCGUAUGCUUUUUUUUUUUCCUCUCUAGACUAGCUUACAAGCGGUCACGGAGGUCACGCUAAGCCCACCUGUGGGGAGAGGGGCGAAACAGAAAAGGUGGGGUGAACACAAUGUACCCAGAUCUAUAUGUUGAUUGGUACUUAAUAGCAAUUAGAUGUCUAGAAAUGAAGAACGGGUGAGUGAGGGAGUGGCGGGCUGGUACCAGGUUGGUACCGUCAGUUAGCUGAUACACCAACGUGACUUUUUUUUUUUUUUUUUUGUAAGUUCAUGAGUAGAAAUUAAUUAUGUUGGUGCAUUCCUGAUUCUCGUAUUCAUUUGUAUAGAAAAAAAAAUCGAAGAGCUAUCGAUUCAAAACACAUUGAGUGACACUGUAGAUAUCUAAUCUAGAUCUGGAUUCUAGAUCUAGAAUCUAGAUAACUUGUUAUACAGGAAUAGAUGUAGCUCGAGUCUAGCUAGUCAUUACAUUAUGAUUCUCUACAUUACCCUACAAACUAGUUAUAGAUCUAGUAUGAUUUAGAAUUUAGAUUGACUAGAUCUAGAUCGAUAACAUCUACUACCAUCUAGUCUAGAUCUAGACUAGAUUCUUAGUCUUAGUAUAGAAUAGAUCAAGUAUGAAGGUAGGCCUACGAAAGUUAGGAUCUAGCGGAUCCACGACAUCGGUAACACUUUUGAGCCCAGAUCUAGAGUAGAUUAUAUUCAUUAUAUAUUAUAUAGACAUAGAUCCAGAUCUAAUCUAGAUAUCAUCUCUAUUGAUCUAGAUUUAGAUUGUAGAUCUAAUCAUGACAUCUAAUAUUAUAUAUAUAUAUAUAUAUAUGACAAAAUAGAGGAUCACGUAAGUGUUACGCAUUCUGGUGCCAAAAUACGCAUUUUGACCGUAAGUGUUACGCAUUUGGACUUUUUUUGGUAGGCAGGUCUGUACUAUCAUUCAAUAUUAGAAAGGUUGGUCAACUUUUUGUUGCAAAAGACAUUUGGCUUCAUUCAGUGUUCAUUUCCUUCAGUAGAGACUAUGCAACCAAGAUAAGGACAAUUCCCUAAACAGCUUGACAAGUUCUGUGUCAGAAAUGUUUUUUGUCUUUGUCUUAGUGUUUUGUACACUUCAUCCAAUAGUGGAUGAUGAAAUACUUAUUAAGUGAAAAAAGAGCUAGAACUAUAUGUCUUCUUGACUCAGUGGUUCUUUCCAGGAUUGUGGACUGCUUGUACUUUUUAGGUUCCACUUGCUGACACCUACUAAAAUAGUUUUUUUGUGUGCACUAUACCAUGUUUGUUGAAGUUUAGCCAUGGAACACUAGACAUUAUGUUGAGUGGCAUUAUUAACUAACUUAAAUGCUGUUGACUAUUGUAUAUUUUAUAAAUGAAAUAAUAUAUAAUAGUGUUAAUUCCAACUAUAACUUCAACUGAUUUUACAAGUUUUGAGUUGAGCUCAAUUUUUCUUUUUUAACAAAGUUAAUAUGGUGAAUCUAAACAAGUUUUCUAAAAGUUAUAUUUUGAUUGUACUGCUUACUUAUAUAAUACAGACGUUACUUCAAAAAAGAUGAUGAGUACACCCUAUGCGUCAUGCAUAUUAACCAAUGACCUAAAUUCUGCUAAGUCACUGAUUUUCCUGGCUAGCUCAGGCAACCCAUUCCAUGCUCUAAAAACACUAGGGAAGAAUUUCAGAGACCUUGAGAGAUAUUGGGAAACUCAGUGUAACAACAUACCUCUUAUGAAAUGUAACAUUAAAAAUGUUUUGUUCAUUCAGAGAUCUGAAUUGGCCAGUUUGUAAUUAGUUUUGUUAAUUUGUUGUUUGACUUUAAUGAAGUCUUGUCUCUCACUGCUUCAUUGAUUUUUUUUUUAGGUCUUGUCCCAAUCAGGUUUUACUGACAAAAUAAUUACUUUAGUGUAAUAUAUUAUGUAAAUAUGUUUAUAUUAUUGACAUUUUUAAAAAUGAAAACAUGUUUACUUUUAAUAAAAAAAAAACAUACCAAGAACAAAUCAAGACAGGGGUCAAGAGGUCAAUGUACUCACCACAUUUCUUGUAUAUUAUUUCCUCUGAAAAAGUUUAUUUUUUUUUGACUGCCUUAUGAAACUGAUACAAAUGUUCAUGGGCCUUCCUGUAUGUUGACUGUCUGCUACUAUACCUUUUCUGUUGAAUGAGCUAAUUUUUUUUUUUUUGUAAGGUAAACUCUGUUGUACUUUGUAGAUGAGUUUUUGUUCUAUUCAUUCAUAAGUUGUUUGAUAAGAUAAGCAUUAAAUGAGCUAACUUACCUGUUUUAUUGGCACCAGUAUUUGAAUUAAUUUUGUUUUUUUGGGGGGGGGGGGGGAGGGGGUAGGGAGGGGUUGUAUACAGGCAGAUGGUCAUCGUAGAGAUCUUUUUAAUUCUUUUGUUAGUAUGAAAACACCUGUCUGUGACCAAUGAUUAACAUGCAAUAAUAAUAAUGUAAAAAUAGAUCAACUUAAGUGACAGGCCUGCACUUGCUACAAUAGGGUCACUGUACUGAGUGCCAUGACUUCUGUAGAGCCAAUCAGCUUUGGUCUUAACAGCAGUACUAAAUUAGUUCUAAAGGUUAAUUUAUUUUAGAAUCACAAAUAGAAUAGAUUUCAAUGUAGCAUUAACAUUUCAUACAAUAGUCCGUGUAAUUCUAAAAAUAAUAUAUAUUGGGGUUGCUUGGGGAUAGCUAUUUCUUUAAGACUUGUAUUGAAGGGUGUGUUCCAUAAGCAACUAAACUAGGUUAUGGUCUCAUUUGUAAUCUAUAAUUGUCUGUUUUUGAUUAAUAUUUUUUAGGGGGGGGGGGUUUAAAAAUUUCACUUUUUUGUUUUUGUUUCUUUGUGGAUUCCAGUCAUUUUAACCUUUUAUUAUUAGAAUGUUUCUUGUGUAUGAGUGCACUUUUAUUCUUGUAGCAGUUGGAAACAAUGCUGUGUGAAACCUAUCUAGGAUUAGUGUGGAGUUCAAGUGUCUCUAUACAACCAACAUGUCAAUUGGGAUGAUGACUUGCAACAGUUUGAUUUUGAGUUCACAAUAACGUUUCAGUAUUUUUAUCUUGAUGUACAAUGUAGAUAAGUGGUUGAUACAAUAAAGUGUAAAAAGAAACAAUAGCAAAUGAAAUCAAAGCUAAUAAUUAUGUUGGCUGUUUAAAACCAUUAUAAUGUUUUAUAUUAUCAGCACUUGAAUUUUUUCAUUCUUAUAAAUUUGUUUCAAUUUAGAAAAGUUUGCUUCACCCCAUUUUAGUCCUCUGGCUCCAAAUAGAACACAGCUCAUCUUGAAGGAGCAGUCUGGCUCCAAAUAGAACAGAACUCACAUUGAACUUGGUGGUUCCUCUCAGUCUCUCUAUACAUGAUAUAAUUCAAUUUAUUGAGCAAAAUUUUUUCUUCAUGUUGGUUUUAAUUAAAGUCAAGCUAUUUUAAGGUUUUCAAAACACAAGCAGAAAAACAAUUUAGUGUACCAGUGUUAGUAUAUUAUGUACUUAAUGACUACAUAUUUAGCUUCUUUAAGGUUAAAUAUUCUAAGCCCCAAUUUUUUUUGUAGCUUUUUUUUGUUGUUGUUGAGUCUUAGUCAAGUUAGUGUGCCUUUUUCUCCAAUGUAUCUAGUACUAUUUUCUCACCAGCUUCUCAGAGAAACUAUAGACUUCUGUGAGUCACUAUGGUGAUGGCUCUGUUUGAUCUUGUGACCAGCAACUUUGAUUCCUCACUGUGUGACUGCAUGUGUCUGUGACCUACCUUCCCAUUCAUAUCCUAACACCUAGAGCUACAUUUGGUUGUGUGGCAAUAGAAUGUUCAACUAGUUUUCUACUAUUAAUAUCUGGUAGAAGACACAUCACCUAAAUUUGAGAUUUUUUUUUUUAGAUGAAAUUCUUUUAAUUAGCUACCAAUUUUCUUUUCUGAAUGAUUUUUAAUGUGAAAUCAUUUUUUUUUGUCUGUGUUUGUUAUGUUGCUAAGAUGACUACAUUAAAUUAUGACUUUUUUCAUAUUUUA